AUGGGACGGUGGAUGUGUCAACAUCUGAUGGACCUGGGAUAUGGGAUGACAGUCUACAAUCGAACGAAGUCAAAAGCUGACCCGUUACUGGAAGCAGGUGCUGCAUGGGCAGAUUCGUCGGGUGAAGUUGCAGCUACCUCCGAUAUUGUUUUCACGAUUGUCGGAUUUCCACCCGAUGUCCGUGAAGUCUACCUCGGUGACAGCGGUAUCUUAAAGGGAGCGAAACCCGAAAGCAUCAUUGUUGACAUGACGACGACAGAACCCUCUCUUGCACAAGAAAUCUACGCUGCAGCGCAGGCACAGGAUGUUUCAUCAAUCGAUGCGCCUGUUUCAGGCGGCGAUGUUGGUGCCCGAGAGGCGCGCCUUUCCAUCAUGGUCGGAGGCGACGAGGCUGCUGUCCAAGCCGUUAUGCCACUCUUCUCGGCGAUGGGGAAAAACAUCGUCCAUCAAGGUGGCGCGGGUGCCGGACAACACACCAAAAUGUGCAAUCAGAUCACGAUUUCAGGAACAAUGAUCGGGGUCUGCGAAGGGUUAAUCUAUGGCUACAGAGCUGGACUGGAUUUAGAGACGAUGCUGUCAUCGAUUAGUGGGGGUGCAGCGGCUUGCUGGUCUCUCGACAAUUUAGCACCACGGCUUCUCCAGCGGAACUUUGAUCCUGGCUUCUUUGUGGAGCAUUUUAUCAAAGAUAUGAGCAUCGCUUUAGACGAGGCACGCAAGAUGAACUGA